GAUCAUGCGGCCUAUUUCUUUGCUAGACUAUAUUUAUUUUACCCUUAUUUAUACGGCCUGUGGUUUACCUUCAGAUUCUAAAUGUAAUACUGUUUACUCUUUACAUAUUACGAAAUGAACCAUUAGUCCUACUCAUUAUUUCUGCAAUAGCCAUCAUAGCUGAGGCUUAUUGACUAACACUACGUUAUGCAUUGAAUAGUCUCGAUGGGAAUAAACAUUACAUUUUCUGUUCAACAAUCUGACAAACAUAACACGAUAAUGAGACUGAAUUGAUGGUUGAACAUUUUUAGCUUUAUUUAGCACAGUAAACUUACCUUAUCAGUCACACUUCAACAUUUUCUGUCUCUUGUCUAAUUUUCUGACUCUUAAUCUAAUUUCAUGGUUGAGUGUUAUCCGGUUUGUCAUACAUAGUACAAAGAGUAUUUUUUAGCAUAUUUAAUUUUUUCUUAACAAAUUAAAAUAAAUCAUAAUGUGCCUGUAUGUUGGGUGAACAGUUUAUCAAUAGGACAAUUGUGCAUUUAUUAUGGAUAGAUGUACCUGAUGCACUGAAGACACAGUUUGCGACCCUACACUGUACAGUAAUGUUUAUUAUGUUCCAUCUCUUUCAGACAUAAUGGACUGCCGUACAUUUUAUGGACACCCCAGAUCUACCUCUAGCACUAUUGUACUUUUACCCGCUGAUCCAUGUGACUCAGAAGUGGAAGACCUCAGUGAUCCAGACGAUGGAGAAAAUGAAGAUUUUGUCCCUCCACGCAGUAUAGAUUUACCGCCCCCUUCAAAGAAAUCGAGGAAUAGAAACAGGCUUGUUGAGGUAUCUUCAGACCUCAAUCAAACUCCCUCCCCUCCUGCAAAGUCCAGGAAGACCAAAUGGGUCAAAAAGGACAUUCCAACCUUCACUCUGCCCGAGCCUGUCUUCGAGCUUCCAGAGUUGGUCCAGACGCCAUUUCUGUAUUUUAAGAAGCUCUUUACUGACCAGAUGAUUGUGCACAUAACUGAGCAUACCAACCAGUACUCGGUUCAACAGACCGGGACAUCCAUCAACACCACUGCUGCAGAAAUUGAGGUUUUCUUGUCAGUUUUGCUCUACAUGGGUGUUUUUGAAUUUCCCUCUUUGGAAGAUUACUGGGCCUGUGAGUCACGCUUCCCACCAGUGGCUGAUACCAUGUCAGUGAAGCGCUUCAAACUGCUCCGAAGAUAUGUCCACUUCAAUGAUAACUUCCAGAUGGAGGGCUGCCCUGACCGCUUCCAUAAGAUAUGCCCUCUUUUUGACAUGUUCAGAGAACAAUGCCUCCUUAUUCCACCUACCAACAGGCAAAGUGUUGAUGAAGUGAUGGUGGCUUACAAGGGUACCAGAGCUGGCAAACUCAGGCAGUACAUUCAGAACAAGCCGGAUAAGUGGGGGUUUAAGAUCUUCUGUCGUGGCAGUGACUCUGGCAUCAUCCACGACUUCUUCAACAUUCAAGAGGAAGAGCAUGCACAUCUGGGCUUGAAAGACCUCCUCCUUGGCGCCAAGGUUGUCUCAAUACUCUGCAACACUAUCGUACACAAAGAGGCAACUGUGGUGUUCUACGACAACUUCUUUACCAGCUUCAACUUGGUGAAGACGCUGCACACCAACCUGGGACUGAGAAGUGUGGGUACCGUCAGGGUAAAUCGCACAGGUGGUGCAACAUUGAUGAGUGAUAAGGAGAUGGUGAAGCGAGGCCGAGGUUUUGUUGAUUUCCGUUCAUCAGAGGGAGUCGUUGCAGUAAAGUGGUUCGACAACAAGUGUGUCACCUUGCUGAGCAAUGCUUAUGGGGUGGAGCCACUGUCUUCAGUGAAGAGAUACACAAAGGAGGCGCAACAGAAGGUCGACGUCCCCUGCCCAUCCAUCGUCUUGGCAUACAAUCAAGCCAUGGGGGGCAUCGAUCUCUCUGAUAUGCUUGUGCACCUCUAUAAAACACCAAUGAAGUCCCGGCGCUGGUACCUGCCAUUGUUUGGGUACAUCAUCGAUGUGAGCAUUGUGAAUGCAUGGCUUAUGUACAAAAGGGACUGCAGCAUUCUCAAACAGAAACCGAUGCCCUUGAAGAAGUUUCGUCUGUCGGUGGCAGCUACGUUGAAGGGAGCUGACAAGGUACCUGCCAGGGUUGGUCGACCCCCAGGUGCAAAGCACAAGCCACAAGUCCGUCGCCCCAACUCCCGAGUUCUCCACCCCACACAGGAAGUCCGAUAUGAUGGCGUUGGACACUGGCCUACAUUUGGCACUCAGAGAGGGAGGUGCAACUUGUGCAAAAGUGGAGUGUCGCGUUGGCGAUGUUCCAAAUGUGGAGAUGGGAAGUUGUUCCUUUGUUUGAACAACAAAAACCAGUGCUUUGUUGCAUAUCACCAGAGAUGAGUUAAGAGUAAGGCAAGGAUGAGACCUAUGCACGAUGAGAUUAUUUAUUUAUUUAUUUAUUUAUUUAU